UUAAUAAUUUUUUUUUGUGCUAAACGAAAUUAUAAAAAAAAAAAUAUUCCGAUUUGUAAAAAAAAAUUAAUAAUUGGUAUAUGUAUAAUUAUUGUGUUGUUCUAUUUCAAAUAGAAAAUAAUUAAUAGAGAAUACAAUAAUCAUAAAUAAAAUAUAUAAAAUUCAUAAUAUCGUAAUAUAAAAUAAUUAAAUACACAUAAUAACGGUAUUUACGAAACAUAUGAUCAGAUCGUAUAACGAUCAUUCUCAUAUUACACACUUAUAUGAAAUAAAAAUAAUAAACAAAAGAAAAAUACUUAGUCGUUUAAAAGUUAUAACUACAUAAAUACAAUAUUAAAAAUAAGUGUUAUAAAUCAAUUUCAGAAAUUUCUAAAAACAAAAACGGAGCAAAAAUUGUAAAGAAAACAAGUGAAAAAGUUUUUGCGCGUUUUUUCCCAUUUUUACUUAAUUUUGUGUGAUCUUGAGAAAAAGUGAAUUAAUUUUUAAAAUAAAAAAAAAAAAAACAAAUAAUUUUAUGUUUGAGUAACACGAAAAAAAAUAUGCAAAAGAAAUACAAAUAAAAUUAAAAAAAAUUGAAUGAAAUUAUAAAAAUAUCUUUUUUACAAAAUAAAUGAUUAAGAGAGUAUCAACAUUUUUUACAUAAAACAUACAAACAUUUAUACAUAAAAUUGUAUAGUAAAUUAAAAUACCAAAAAAAAAAGUGCUGUAAAAAAAUAUCGCGACGACAAAUAAUAACGACAACAAUAAUAAAAAUAUAGCAGCAACAAUACCGGCAACACAACAACACACAGAAACAGCACACAUAAAUAAAAUUAAAGAUCACUUUAAGAAAUUUUGUUAAUUGGAUAAAAUAAAAUCAAAAACAUUAAAAUAAUCACUUAACAAAAUUAUAUACAUACAUGCAUAUAUAUGCAUAUUAUGUGUGCCUCUAUAUACAUGUACGAAUAUUGUAAAGAAAGGUUAUGUACAUAAAUGUUUUCUUAUUAAAAAAAAAAUAUAAUUAAGAAAUUAUUAUAGCUACUCUAUAAAUUUGCUUAUUUCGUUUUCAUAUCACAUAAUAUAAUUGUACUGCGUUAGCAUUGUGCGAUGAGGCUUUGUACUUUAUCAUUGUAUAUCAUGCAAUCAUUACAUACACAUAAUAUAAUUCACAAUAAUUAAUAAGAAAUUUAAUUGAGUAGAAAAUCUCUUUUGUUGCUUAAUUCAUUUUUUGCAAAAAUAAAAACAAAAUAAAAAUAAUAAAAUUGAAAAAAGGAAAAUAUUUCAAAUUUUCUCCUAAAUUAACACAAAAAGAAAUUAAAAAAAAAAUAAAUACACAUACUCAUACUUAUUUAAAAUAAAGUGAAUAAAAGUGAAAAAAAAAAUUUAAUUAAAUAAAAAAAAUCUCAAAAGUGUUAAUGAAAAUUAAAGUGUUGCUCAUCUCAUUAGAUUUGAUUCCAUUCAUUUGACAUUUCUAUUUAGUAGUUGAUAUUAUUGGCGCGUUGCUGCGCUUUUCUAUUGCUAUAAUAAAAAAUUCUGAAAAUUUUUUAUAAAAUCAUCAACGUCAAAGGUUUUGUGAAAAAGGAAAAGUGUUUUUUUUCGGCUCUGCUUAAAAAUAAAAUAUAAAAAAAAUUUGAAAGAAAAAUUGAUUUAAAUUAAAUUUGUGUUAUUCAUUUUAAAAAGGAAAAAUUUAUAUAAAAGAAAAAAAUAUAAGAAAAAUCAAAAAUAUUUCACUAAAAUUUUAUUGUUGUUUUCAUUAAUUAUUUUGUCAAAAUAAUAAAAAAAAAAAAUAGAAAAAAGAAAGAAAAAGCGCAGAGUGACCGCAGAAAAAUUUUUUAUUUUGUCAUUUUAUAUAAUUUCGUUUUUGCUAAAUGCUACAAGUGAUUUAAAUGAUAUUUGACAGCUGGUAGUGUGACCGGUGAUUUAAUAUUAUAACGACAACAAUAGUGUUGAUUUUAAGGAAAAGUGUUCUAAAUAAAUAGAAUUUUUCUCUUUAUAUAAAAAAAAUCUAUAUAAAAGAAAAAAAUUUAUUUGUAUAUCUGGGCUUUUUUUCUUUCAAGAAGUUUAAAUAAAAAGCAUUCACAAUUGUUGCCAACAGUGAUAACUAUGUAAGUUCAACCAAAUCUUUUAAAAUAUACAAUACUAAUUGAGAAAAUGGUAGCAAGAAAACUAGUGAGUCCAUACAAGUAUAUAAGAAAUUAAGUAUAAUGAUGACGAUGGACGUCACAAAAACGGAACCGGGAGUGGUUCCAAAUCCAAAUUCAAAUCAGCAACAGCAUCAACAGCAACAAUUAUGUGCUGGUUGUGGUAAACAUAUAGCUGAUAGAUAUUUAUUAAGAGCAUUGGAUUUAUUAUGGCAUGAGGAUUGCCUAAAAUGUGGCUGUUGUGAUUGUAGAUUAGGUGAAGUUGGUUCAACAUUAUAUACCAAAGGAAAUUUAAUGCUUUGUAGGAGAGAUUAUUUAAGGCUGUUCGGUAACACGGGUAACUGUGCUGCUUGUAAUAAAGUUAUUCCAGCUUUUGAAAUGGUUAUGCGAUCAAAACAGAAUGUUUAUCAUUUGGAAUGUUUUGCUUGUCAAGUAUGCAGUCAUAGAUUCUGUGUUGGUGAUAAAUAUUAUUUAUGGGAAAAUAAAAUUCUAUGCGGUUAUGAUUAUGAAGAACGUUUAGUAUUUGCAUCACUUGCCAAUCAUCCAAUGUUAAAACGGCAGGCAAGUACAUUAGCACAAGGAUCACCCCCACCGCCACCACCAAAUGGCGGUUUAAUGGGUGGUAAUACACAAUUAAAUGAUCAAGGAUAUGCAAAUGCUGGUGGUGGUGGCGGUAUUCAUAAUACGGGAAAUAUGAUGAAUGGACCACAACAACAAUUACAAAGCGGUCAACGUACACCAGGUGAUCAUAAUAAUAAUAAUGGACCCCAAACACCAACAUAUGGUAGCGGACCAAAUGGUACACCAACACACAUGAAAAGUUCAUUAGGAGCUUCAAGUUAAAUUAAAAAAAAAUUUAUAUAAGUUAAAUUUAAAUAGUGAAAAAGGAAGAUUAAAUAAAAAAAAACAUAAAAAAUCAAUAUGAAAAAAAAAUAUUUAAAUUAUCAUUAUAGAAAUUAACUUAAUUUAAGUUUAAUAUCAAGAAAAAAAAAAAACAAAAUAAAAUCAAUAUUUUAAAAAUAGAGUAGAGAAAUCGCCACAAAAAAAAUGAAGGAAUUAUUAAGUAGUAAAAUGUCAUUCAAAAUUUUAAAACUGCAUGUGCGUAUUUGUGUAUUUUAACCAAAGAUAUAAAAAAUAUUAAAAG